UCCAUACUCCUUCAGAGUACCUGAGGAUCCUUCAUUCUCAUUUCUCCUCCUGUUUCACCACCUUCUCCACUGUCUCUCCCACCUGGAAGUGCUGCCAUGAGACGAUAUUGCUCCAGAUACGGGGAUGGGAGUUUCAGUUCUUCUUCUGCUCACUGCGGGACCUUGGGUGGUGGAGAUGGGAGAUUCGGAGGCUUUGGGCAUGGGUAUGGCAGCAGGAGCCUCCACAACCUUGGAGGGUUCAGGAAUGUCUAUGCUGGUGUAGGCUAUGGAGGAGAAGGAGCGAGAUAUGGGAGAUGCUUUGGGUUUGGUGGCUGGAGACAACCUGAGAGGGGCUUUGGUGGAAGAGGAUAUUUCGUAGGAGGUUUUCAAAGUGGUGAAACAGGGCUUGGGGGCACCUACAGAGGAGGUUCAGGCAGGGAGGUGCUCAGAGGAGGCCUUGGAGCCGGGGAGCAAGGGGCUGGACAGGGACUGGGAGCUCUCCGAGGCAUUGAGGAGGUCCACGUCAACACCAACCUGCUGCGGCCAAUACGGCUCCGGGUGGACCCCGAGUUCCAGCGAGCGUGCUCAGACGAGAAGGAGCAGAUCAAAGCUCUCAACAGCAAAUUUGCAUCAUUCAUCGAGAAGGUUCAAUGUCUGGAGCGCCAGAAUCAGGCACUUCUGGCCAAGUGGGAACUUCUGCAGCAGCAAAGCUCUGGCCCUGAGGAGAGCAGGAACAUCAAUAACUUCUUCCAGUCCUAUGUCACCAACCUGCAGCGGCAGCUCGAGACGCUCCAGAGCCAGAAGGAGCAGCUGGACCCCGAAGCCUACAACAUGCUCCAGCUUGUGGAGGAUUAUAAAAACAGAUUCGAGGAUGAGAUCAACAAACGCACCUCCAAGGAGGAGGAGUUCGUGGAGCUUAAAAAGGAACUGGAUAGUGCCUACAUGGGAAAAAUGGAGUUUGAUGUCCGAGUGGAUAUCCUGAGGCAGGAGCUGGAGUUCCUCCGGUGUUUAUACGAAGCUGAGCUGUCCCAGCUGCAAACGGUUGUCGGGAGCACCGACGUUGUUCUGUCCAUGGACAACCACAGGGACCUGAACAUGGAUGGGAUCAUCGAGGAGGUCAGGCAGGAAUACGAGGGGGUGGCCCACAGGAGCACGGCUGAGGUGGACGCCAUGUACCGGGGCAGGUACCAGGACCUGCAGACCAUGUGGGUGAAUCAACGAGAGCAGCUGAGGAACAGUCACCAGGAAAUCCAGGAACUUGCCAGGCAGAUCCAAAGACUCCAACCAGAAAUUGAAAUCGCAAGGAAAAGGAAUUCCAGCCUCCAGGACUCCAUCAAAGAUGCUGAGCACCGUGGGAGCUCAGCUGUCAGGGACGGCCAGGAGAAGCUCCAGGAGCUGGAAAACGCUCUCCAACAGGCCAAGGAAGACCUUUCUCAGCUUGUCCACGAUUACCAGGAGCUCCUGAAUGCAAAGCUGGGCCUGGACAUUGAGAUCGCCAUGUAUCGAUCACUCCUCGAGGAGGAGGAGAACAGGAUCCAGGAAGGAUCACCGGCCACGAUCUGUGUCAUUGACCACAAUGCCAGAGCUCAUGGAGUCUUUGGAGGCAUAACAAAUGUGAAGGGGAGAAUGUGCUCUGAUGGUACAAGUGGGAGCAGAAUGAAAGGGCCAGUCUCUGGAGGAGGGAAAGGCGGAAGCUCUGGAGGGUGGGGAUCCAUGUCUGGGGGAGGAAAAGGAUCAGGAUCUGGAGGAGGAAGCUCAGGUGGAGGAGGCUCCAUGUCCAAGGGUGGCAGCAGCUCUGGAGGGUGGGGAUCCAGCUGUGGGGGAGGUGGAUCCAUGUCUGGAGGAGGAAAAGGAUCAGGAUCUGGAGGAGGAAGCUCAGGUGGAGGAGGCUCCAUGUCCAAGGGUGGCAGCAGCUCUGGAGGGUGGGGAUCCAGCUGUGGGGGAGGUGGAUCCAUGUCUGGAGGAGGAAAAGGAUCAGGAUCUGGAGGAGGAAGCUCAGGUGGAGGAGGCUCCAUGUCCAAGGGUGGCAGCAGCUCUGGAGGGUGGGGAUCCAGCUGUGGGGGAGGUGGAUCCAUGUCUGGAGGAGGAAAAGGAUCAGGAUCUGGAGGAGGAAGCUCAGGUGGAGGAGGCUCCAUGUCCAAGGGUGGCAGCAGCUCUGGAGGGUGGGGAUCCAGCUGUGGGGGAGGUGGAUCCAUGUCUGGAGGAGGAAAAGGAUCAGGAUCUGGAGGAGGAAGCUCUGGCAGUGGAGGGUCCAUGUCCAAGGGUGGCAGCAGCUCUGGAGGGUGGGGAUCCAGCUGUGGGGGAGGUGGAUCCAUGUCUGGAGGAGGAAAAGGAUCAGGAUCUGGAGGAGGAAGCUCUGGCAGUGGAGGGUCCAUGUCCAAGGGUGGCAGCAGCUCUGGAGGGUGGGGAUCCAGCUGUGGGGGAGGUGGAUCCAUGUCUGGAGGAGGAAAAGGAUCAGGAUCUGGAGGAGGAAGCUCAGGUGGAGGAGGCUCCAUGUCCAAGGGUGGCAGCAGCUCUGGAGGGUGGGGAUCCAGCUGUGGUGGUGGUGGAUCCAUGUCUGGGGGAGGAAAAGGAUCAGGAUCUGGAGGAGGAGAGGACAGGGAAGUUCUUGUCAUGGAGGCUCCAUGUCUGGAGGUGGAGGAAGCUCAGGUCAUGGAGGAUCCAGUUAUGGCAGUGGUGGGUGUGUUGGUGGAGGAGAAGGGGGUUCGGGUUAUGGAGCAAGCACAGGCAGGAGAGGCUCCAUGUCUGGAGGAGGAGGAGGAAGCUCCGGUCACGGAGGAUCCAGUUAUGGCAGUGGUGGGUGCAUCUAUGGGGGUGAAGGAGGCUCAGGGUGGGCAGAGCUCAGGAGGAAUGGGCUCCAGCUCUGGGAGGUGCAGCCCCCAGAGCGGAGGAAUGAGCUCUGGAGGUGGAAGCAGCUCUGGCAGGAGAGGCUCCAUGUCUGGAGGUGGUGGACAGGGAAGUUCUUGUCAUGGAGGCUCCAUGUCUGGAGGUGGGCAGAGCUCAGGAGGAAUGGGCUCCAGCUCUGGGAGGUGCAGCCCCCAGAGUGGAGGGAUGAGCUCUGGAGGUGGAAGCAGCUCUGGCAGGAGAGGCUCCAUGUCUGGAGGUGGAGGAAGUUCGGGGUAUGGAGGAUCCAGUUAUGGCAGUGGUGGAGGAGGCUCCAUCUGUGGGGGAGGUGGAUCCAUGUCUGGAGGAGGAAAAGGAUCAGGAUCUGGAGGAGGAAGCUCUGGCAGUGGCCACAGCUCUGGUGGGUUUGGAUCUGGCUCUGGUGGAAGCUCAGGCAGGAGAGGCUCCAUGUCUGGAGGAGGAGGAAGCUCAGGUCACGGAGGAUCCAGUUAUGGCAGCGGUGGGUGCAUUGGUGGAGGAGAAGGGGGUUCAGGAUAUGGAGGAAGCUCCAGCAGGAGAGGAUCCAUGUCUGGAGGCGGUCACAGCUCCGGUGGAUAUGGAUCUGGCAGUGGCAGGUGCAGCCCCCACAGCAGUGGGAUCAGCUCUGGAGGUUGGAGCAGUUCUGGCAGGAGAGGCUCCAUGUCUGGAGAGGAGGAAGCUCAGGUCACGGAGGAUCCAGUUAUGGCAGCGGUGGGUGUGUUGGUGGUGGAGAAGGAGGUUCGGGUUAUGGAGGGAGCUCAGGGUAUGGAGGUGGCUCCAGCAGGAGAGGCUCCAUCUCUGGAGGAGGAGGAAGCUCCGGUGGGUUUGGAUCUGGCUCUGGUGGUGGUGGGAGCAGUUCUGGAGGAAGAAUCAGCUCAGGGUAUGGAGGAGGCUCAGGCAGUGGAGCAUUGAGCUCUGGUGGGGGAAUUGUAGGCGGAGAGGGAGGUUCAGGUUAUGGAGGAAGCUCAGGCAGGAGAGGCUCCAUGUCUGGAGAAGGAGGAAGCUCAGGCU